UGGGGGCGAGGAAGUGGAGCGAGCGAGAGAGUUUGGAGCGGUGGUGGUGGUGCAGGAUGGAGCCCUGUGUGGAGGAGCUGGAUGGGGGCAUGGCCGUCGUUAAGACAGAACGUGGUCACGAGGUGUGCUACCUGCACCAGGCCUGCACGAUGAUCCCCAGCUUCCUGGCUGAGAGGUUCGGCCCCUCCACUCUGCGCCUCGACGUCAGCUUCAACCUCAUCGACUCCCUGCACGGGCUGGACUCCUUCCCGGCUCUGGAGGAGCUCCUCCUGGACAGUAACGAGCUGACGGAGCACGUUGAGAUCCCUGUUCUGCCCUCGCUCCACACGCUCACCAUGAACAAGAACAGGGUGAGGGAACUACGCCCCCUGCUGGAGACGCUGGCGGUGUCAACGCCGGCGCUGCGCUACCUCAGCUUACUCGGGAACGCCGCUUGCCCCAACGAGCUGUCCGGGAUGGAGUGGGGAGAUGCGGACUAUCGGAUAUACAGGUGUGCUGUAGUGAAGGCUCUGCCCGGACUGCGCUUCUUGGACGCUCUCCCCGUGACGAAGGCCGAGCGGAGGGAAGCGGAGAGGCUGGGGCCGCGGAUAGACAAGGAGGAGGAGGCAGCGGUGGUGGUGCAGACAGAGAGACAGAGACGGACAGAAAGACAGCGCGGUCCGUACUCACCGCUGCCGGCCUCACAGCGACAACCCUCCGACCACAAAGGGGUGAUGGCUCACUGCCGCUACAUCUACCAGGGCAGGCAGUCAGAGGGAAACCGUUUCAUCUACGACGGGGACCUGUGAC